AUGUACCCUGAGUCCCACCACAAAUCACAGGCCAAAAGAGAGUCAGAGUUCAAGAUGCUCUUCGAAACCCUCCAGUCUCUCUUCUGGUCUGUCUUCGGCCUUUUAAAUCUCUAUGUCACCAAUGUGAAAGCCAGACAUGAGUUCACAGAGUUUGUGGGAGCUACCAUGUUUGGGACAUACAACGUCAUCUCCCUAGUUGUGCUGCUGAACAUGCUGAUUGCCAUGAUGAACAACUCCUACCAGCUUAUUGCCGAUCAUGCCGAUAUUGAGUGGAAGUUUGCAAGGACAAAACUCUGGAUGAGUUACUUUGAUGAAGGCGGCACCUUGCCACCUCCUUUCAACAUCAUCCCCAGUCCCAAGUCAUUUCUCUACCUUGGUAACUGGUUCAACAACACCUUCUGCCCCAAAAGAGACCCUGAUGGUAGACGGAGAAGGCACAACUUGAGAAGCUUCACAGAACGCCACGCUGACAGCCUGAUACAGAAUCAACAUUAUCAGGAAGUCAUCAGGAAUUUAGUCAAAAGAUAUGUAGCUGCUAUGAUAAGAAAUUCCAAAACAAACGAGGGACUAACAGAAGAAAAUUUUAAGGAAUUAAAGCAGGACAUCUCCAGCUUUCGAUAUGAAGUACUUGACCUCUUAGGAAAUAGGAAGCACUCAAGGAGAAGCUUUUCCACAAGCAGCACUGAACUCUCUCAGAGGGAUGAUACUCAUGAUGGCAGUGGUGGGGCUCGGGCCAAAUCCAAGAGUGUCUCUUUCAACUUAGGCUGCAAGAAAAAGGCCUGCCAUGGGCCACCUCUCAUCAGAACCAUGCCGAGAGCCGGGGGUGCCCAAGGGAAGCCAAAAGCUGAGUCAUCAAGCAAACGGUCCUUCAUGGGUCCUUCUCUCAAGAAACUCGGGCUCCUGUUCUCCAAGUUUAACGGUCAUAUGUCUGAACCCAGUUCAGAGCCAAUGUACACCAUUUCAGAUGGCAUCGCUCAGCAGCAUUAUAUGUGGCAGGACAUCAGAUAUUCUCAGAUGGAGAAAGGGAAAGCAGGGGCCUGCUCUCAAAGCGAAAUUAACCUCAGUGAGGUAGAAUUAGGUGAAGCCCGGGGCGCUGCUGAGAGCAGUGAAUGCCCCCUAGCCUGUUCUAGCUCUCUCCACUGUGCAUCCAGCAUCUGCUCCUCAAAUUCUAAACUUUUAGACUCCUCGGAGGACGUAUUUGAAACUUGGGGAGAGGCUUGCGACCUGCUCAUGCACAAAUGGGGUGAUGGACAGGAAGAACAAGUUACAACGCGGCUCUAAGUCAAACCCCUAUCCCGUUGUGGAACACAAGAGAAAAUUUGUAAUUUCCUUGCUCUCAGAGGUGACAUAGAAUCUGAUUCCCUCAUUGCCCA